GUUCCUCGACACGCUAGCGAGUAAACUCACCAUGAAUCAAGAAAUCCCAAUGACCAAGCAAUCAUCACCGACACAUAGUCAGGAACAACAAGAACAUCCUCAACUGCAUGCCACCGUCGCGCAACAAGGCGGUGGCUCGACGCCGUCGGAGUCCAACCACCAGCGCAGGAUCACCAUGAUUCCGCUCGUGUUCCUGAUCUAUUUCGAGGUGGCAGGCGGCCCGUACGGCUCCGAGCAGGCAGUCCGCGCCGCCGGGCCGCUGUUCACUCUACUGGGCUUCCUCGUGUUCCCCUUGGCGUGGGGCGUCCCGGAAUCGCUCGUCACCGCCGAGCUCGCCACCGCGUUCCCGGGGAACGGUGGCUUCGUCCUCUGGGCAGACCACGCCUUCGGCCCGCUGGCGGGCUCGCUCCUCGGCACAUGGAAGUACCUCAGCAUCGUCAUCAACAUCGCUGCCUACCCGGCUCUCGUGGCUGACUACCUCGGUGGCGUGGUGCCGGCGGUCGCGAGACCCGGCAGGGCGCGCAAGGGCACGGUGGUCGUUAUGACGCUUCUCCUCUCCUUGCUGAACUAUGCCGGCCUGAGCGUCGUCGGGUGGGGCGCGACCGCACUGGGGAUAGCCUCGCUGGCCCCGUUCUUGCUGAUGAUGGCCAUGGCUGUGCCCAAGAUACGGCCGGGGCGGUGGGUGACCCGGGUGGAGGGGAGGAAGAAAGACUGGAGGCUAUUCUUCAACACGCUGUUCUGGAACCUCAACUACUGGGACAGUGCGAGCACCAUGGCGGGCGAGGUGGAGCGGCCGGAGCGGACGUUCCUGCGGGCGCUUGCGGCUGCCGUAGUUCUCAUUGCCGUCAGCUACCUGCUGCCGCUCAUGGCCGCGACCGGUGCCACGGACGCGUCACCGGAUGCAUGGGUGAACGGCUACUUGGCUGAUGCUGCAGGCAUUAUCGGGGGACCAUGGCUCAAGUACUGGACCGGCGCAGGAGCAGUAAUCUCCUCCAUUGGCAUGUUCGAAGCCCAAAUGAGCAGUGCCGCAUUCCAGCUCCACGGCAUGGCGGACCUAGGCCUCCUCCCAUCCGUCUUCGACAGUCAUGCCACUCGCAUCGGAACCCCAUGGGUUGCAAUCAUUGCAUCAACCGCUAUCACCAUCGCCGUCUCCUUCCUCGGUUUCGACAACAUUAUUGCAACAUCGAACUUCCUAUAUAGCAUGGGCACGCUGCUCGAGUUCUCCUCCUUCCUUUGGCUCCGAGUCAAGUACCCAACACUGAAGCGCCCUUACCAUGUGCCUCUGCCACUGCCCGCGCUCAUGGCCAUGUGCAUUGUGCCAUCGGUAUUCCUUUCUUACGUGUGCGUGGUUGCCGGGUGGAGGGUAUUCGCCAUUGCUGCAGGGCUGACCGCGCUCGCUGUCGGGUGGCACGGCCUCAUGAGGCUUUGCAGUUCCAAGAAGUUGCUCAGUUUUCGCGUGCCCGAAUCAUCGGGUUGAUUCAUUCCCUGCAAGUUCCAUUGUCCACAACACUCACAUAGUAUAUCUUGAAGUGAGUAUUAAUACCCGGUAGAACUAGUAGGGUGAUUCACGCAUUUGGACAACAAGAAUUAAACGUGUCGUAUAUUUGAUAUUAUUUUGUCUAAAAUAUAUUAGGUCCCAUCAUAAAUUGUUUGAAAUAUAGCUAAAAUGCAUGAACAUAAGUGCACUUUCGAUUUUUAUUUCACCCGCACUUUGGACUUUUUUUUCAUGAAGUGUACCGAAUUGUGGUUUGUAUAAACAAUAGCAUAAGUAACGUUGCAGUCAAUCAGUUUGUUUAUUUUCGUAAGACAGAUUAUACAUAUAUCUGUUAUACACUUGGUGUAAUCUUCCAAUCAAUAAUCUUUUGAGAAAAAUCAAAAAAAUAAUAUCAAAUCCAAAUAUUUGAUAGCUCAUACGUGGGCUAACAUAUCUCCGUAUCUACGUGCAUUUCCUUCGA